GGAUGGAAAAGACUUUGCUUCAGCAUCUGAGGAAGCACCAUCUCCAUUGCUGUCAGAACCAGAUGCACAGCAUGACAUCACCGAAGAUCUGUGGAAUGAUGAAGAGGUAGAGGAUGUGCAAGGUGAGAUAUUUGGAGAAGAUCCAUACAAAGAUGAGCUGGGAAUGAAUGAUGCAAGUAAAGAGGAAGGAGAGGACUUUGAUUCAGAUUGGGACGAUGAAUAUCCAGAACCUGCCAGUAUCAGAGGAAAGAAGAUGAGUUAUGCUGACAAAGUGCACACAUGGGCUUUGCGCAAAAAUUUGAAUCAACUAGACACCAUCUAUAAGCAGAAGGACGCUGAUGUUCUAAAAGCCAGGGAGGAGUUGAAAGCAUGCCGACUUCAAAUUGAAGAACUAAAAAAUCAGCGAGACAGUGUGGAACAAGAAAUUGAGGAACAGCAAAAAGCAGAUAACAUUGCAAGCAUAUUUCGCCUGCGGGCAUUGCAUAAGCGACUAUGCAUUGAGCUUGGAAAUGAGGAAGAUCUGGAAUCCAAAAUUGCUUUGAAACUGAAAGAAAAUGAGCUUGAUCUUUAUCAGAUUGAAGUUGAACAAGGAAAGUUUGCAUCCCUUUGGGAGGAGGUUCAUCAGGCUGAAGAGAUUAUGGACAGACAGCGGCUACAUGACUCUGAUAACCGCUUUCAAAAGGAGGAGGCAUUUAUCAAGCAAGCAGAAAAAAGGAAGAUGAUUCAUGAGCGAAAUCAGGCAAGAUCCCUCAUGGCUCAAGAAUUAAAGCACAGAAAAGCAAUCGAAGAUGCUCAGAAAAACCACAAGAAAGCAGUGAAUUUCCUGAAGGAAACAAUGUCCAGAGUUCGUCAGAAAGAAGCAGAAGAAGAAAUGAAAACCAGAGAGGAAUUUGAGAAAAGAAUGCUGGCAGUCCUUUCUUUGAAAAAUAACAUCACUACAAACAGGGAAAACCUACAGGCAGUGCAGGCUAAAAAUAAGGCCAAAACAGCAGUAGAAAAGGAACAAGAGAAGCAGCUGUUUGAGUCUAUUUCAACAGACGGAGGUAAUGCUACCAAGUAUAUGCUCCAACAGAAACAAAUGCAGGAAUUUGACAGGAAGAAACAACAAUUUGAGGAAUAUCAAAAACAUGGAAGAAUGGAUAUCAUUACACGGAUCUUGCAGGAAGAGGCUCAUAUGUCAAAAAGAAAAAAACUCCAACCACAGCUCUUCUCCGGGCAAGUUAAAAGCCAAGAUUUUGGUCAAGAUCCCUCCCGAAUCAGGAAAAAAGUAUCGCAGCAAAUAGAGAAGGCGUCUAGAGAGCUGGAUAAAUGUCAUGCUGAUGUGAUAAACCAUAGGAACUGGCGUACCCCCUCUCCUAUGUCUGCUGAUGAAGAAAUUGAUUCACCAACUCAAAGUCCUCUUCCUGAGUCAACAAGUGGCACAGCAUUAAUGAGAAAAGAAGAUGAGGAAAGAGAGAGUCUUGCUGAACCUGAAUUUAUUGGCCUCUGGAACCAGGACCACAAACCUUACAAGGUUCCAAAAGAUGAAUGUGCUGCUAAACCCACUGGUGCAAGUAAGAUGGAACAGGACAUUUUGGCCAGAACUUUGGAGAAACACCGGGAGGGAAUAAUUCGUAAACAAGUUGCAGCUGGUAGAGAGUUCAAAGGAUGUCCUUUCUAUAGCAAACCAGAACUUAUCUACUUCAAGGAUUUUGACAUUGGAAAGGUGUACAAAAAGAAAGUAACCCUGAUAAAUGCUUCCUAUGGUGUUAGCUUCUGCAGACUGGUGGGUGUCAGCCAGCAUCUCAAGGACUUCAUCACUGUUCACUUUGAUCCUCCUGGUCAGAUGUCAGCAGGGAUGUCCUGUGAGAUGACUGUGGUCUUUAAACCCAUGAUCAAUGAAGACCUUGAAGGUGAAGUGAGUUUACUGGCUCAGACUGGUCCUUUUUCUGUCCCUCUGAAAUGUACUACAAAAAAAUGUGAUCUGGCAGUAGAUAAAGACCUCAUUGACUUUGGUGCUCACGUGGUGGGGGAAACAAUUUCACGGAUUAUAACUUUGACAAACAGUGGUGCUCUUGGAACAAAUUUCCAGCUCCAGACAUCAGCAGAUGGCUUUAAAGAGAAGCAGAGAAGAGCUGAUCUUUUCCAGUUCAGUAUGAUUACUCCAGUGUCUGAUGGAGCACAAGGUACAAAUGAAAAGAAGGACCAUAGCUCACUGGAUUCUAAAGAAGAAUGUCAAAAUCAAGGCCAGUGCCCUGAACCAGAAAAUAUGCAAACCUCGACUCUGUCGGAGAGUCCCAAAACAAAAAGUGAAGAAAACAGUGGAAAUGUUGACAUUUCUGUUGGAUCUGCUUCUUCUGCACUUAAACAGUCUGAUGGUGAUUUACUCCAAAAUCUGGAAGUAGAAGAAGAAAUGGAGCAAAAGCUGAUUACCCAAACCAAUGAACAAGAACCUGAAAUAAUAAGUGAGAUAAAACCUGGAGAGACCACUGAAGGUGAAAUUGGUCCCUUCUCUUCUGUCAAGUUGAAGUUUAUUUUUACCCCCAUGGUCCCUGGAGAAGUACAGAAUGAUUUUGAAAUCAUAUUUACUGAUCCUAAUAGCAAGCCGAUUUCCCUUAAAGUGCAUGGAGUUGCUAUUGAUCUGCCUGUUUGGGUACCAAAGCCCAAUAUAGACUUGAUGAUAUGUAUGUAUGACCGUUUGUACCAGGAUGGCAUUAUCAUUCAAAACAGGGCAAGAACAGCACUGCGUUUGAAGUUUGAAGUUUGUAAUGAACUGAGAAACCACAUGGAGCUCCUUCCAAAAACAGGUUAUAUUCAAGCCCAGUCUGCUUUCAGUGUGCAACUCAAAUUUCUCCCAAGGCAUUCGCUGCCAGAAGAUGCUGCACAAUAUUUUGAUAAAGACACUGGAGUUCUGGAAGCACCAAUGACUAUUUACGUAGCAGACCAGACCAGACCUGUCCAUUUCACAGUCCAUGCAGUAGUUACUACAUCUGAUCUUCAGUUUGACAAAACCGAAGUGGAUUUUGGAUAUUGUUCUAUCUAUGAGUCUGUGCAGACCAGCAUCCAGCUGACCAACAAAUCCAUACUACCUCAGGAGUUUGGAUUCCUGGGAAUUCCAGAGUAUGUAGAUGUGCAGCCAAAUGAUGGCUUUGGAACCAUCCUUCCCAUGGAAACCUUGAAUAUUGACCUAAUAUUUAAGGCCAACAAAGCAAAGGAAUACAGCUUUGACAUUAUCUGCAAAUCUGGGAUCAACAGAGAGUUUAAACUGUCCUGUAAAGCGAUUGGAGUCCACCCACCAUUAGAACUCUCCCAUUCUCUGAUCCAGUUUGCUGCAACAGCACUGUAUGAUGUAUCAGUUGUUACUUCCUUUGUAAUAAAUUCUCAUGUAAGUCAAAAUGAAUUUAGCCAUCCUGUACCACGCAUUGGUAAAGAAGAAAUAGCUCCUGUAGGACCUACUUCCUUUGAGUUUGUUGUCCCUGGGAAUGCCCCAUUGACAAUCACACCAAUGGUCGGGACUGUAAACGCAGGGCAGAAGUCUAAAAUUCGAGUAUCCUUUCGACCCACCUUGUGUGAAGAGCACAUUAAAGAAGAGGCAGUUCGAAUAGCCUGCAGAGCAGCAGAAGCCAAGCUGAUGCUGGAGAAGAAGGAGAAGGAGCUACUUGCAAAGAAGGCUGAGAUGGAGGCAGUGAGUAAAAAGGAAGUGAAAUCAGCCAAAGGAAAAAAGAAGGGACAGUCAUCAGCUUCCCCCAAACUAGCAGUUAAAGAGAAGAACGCUAAAACGAACACUGCAUCUUGCACUGUUGAUCCACCAAAACCAGAGCAAAUCCAGCCAGGAUCAGAUGAAUACAGUGCUGCCAGAGUUGAGCUUAUCAGAAAUUUCAGAGGACAUUUCAGCAGUUAUAUUAUUCCAUGUUUUGUUGCUAGUGGAGAGACCAGUGACCAGAAACAGCCAGGUCAUUUGAAAUACAGUCCCUUCAAUUGCCUUUACCUGGAGGUGCAUUGUCCUGCUGUUGCCCCACCACUUUUAGUCAUCUCCAACAAUGGCCAGAGCACUGUGAGUUUUGGAGAUGUGGCACUUGGUCAGACAGUAAUGAAGAAAAUAACACUUCAGAAUAUUUCCACUGAAAUCUUGGAACUAAGGUCAUCUCUUCUGAACCCUCAUGGACCUUUCCUGUUAAUGAAUGCUCUGCGACCACUCCAGCCAGCUGAUACCUACACUUUACUCAUCUCAUUUGCACCAGAUGACAGCCAAACAUUCUAUGAAAAGCUGGAGAUCCAUACUGUGAAGGCAAGUCUUACUUUGAGCAUCACUGGAAGAGGUUUAACUCCUACUCUGAACUGCUCAGUAGAAGGAGGAAAACUUGAUAUGGGUUAUGUUUUAGUCAAUGAAAGCAGUGCUACAACAUUUAAGAUUCAAAAUACCUGUUCCCUUGAAGUGAAAUAUAACAUAUGGCUUGAUAGCCUUUCUUUAAGUAAACAUAAAGCUCAGCAAGCAUUGCCAUCAUUCCUGACUCCUCAGAAGGAACCUUCUCACACAGUGGGUAUACAGAACUUCAGUGGCCUCAGUGUAUUCAGUGUCUCUCCAAUAGAAGGCAUAAUAGGACCAAACAAAAGCCACGAGAUAAAUGUUACCUUCAGUCCUGAUCAUGAGAGCCUGCAUUACAUGGAUACCCUGAGGGUGCAGCUCUUUGACAAGCAAGUAAGUCAUGUGAUCAAACUGGAAGGAGCUGCGAGAAAACACCUUAUGUUUUUGAAAGGAGGGGACCCUUUAGAUGUGUCAGAUGAGUCUCUGAGCAGCAUUCCAUUACAUGAUAAUACAACAACAGAGAUGGAGACCCAGGUGAAGACAGUACUUGUUACUCUGAAGAGCAAACAGACAGAGGACAUAUUCACAACCGCAGCAAGAGAACUUCAGGUUGGCUGUAUAAAAACAAGUCAGUCUCCAGCAAAGAAGAAUGUAGAAUUUUUCUUUGACAACCUGCAUCCACUUCAGCAAAAAGGAUUUUCUUUUGAUCCAAUAAAAGGUUCUGUAGAUCCUGGACACAAAAGAAGCAUACAUAUCACUUGGACACCCCCUGCUGGAUAUGAUGCUAACCAUAUACAGACAACCCCGAUUCAACUGACAUUAAAAGGCGAUGUUAUCGAAAUAUAUAAGAUUAUCCUGUCAACAGUGGUGACACCUGAAUAAGUUCUGAUACAUUGAUGGAGCUUCCACGCUUGCCUGAUAAGGAUAAAGAAGCUAGUCAUUUCAAAAUAACAUCACCUAAAGCCAGCCGAUGUUGUGAUUUGUAUAACAGAGGGAUUGGCAUUAAUGCUUUUAAAAGAAAUCUUAAAGGAAAAUUGUACAGCUAAGAGCAGCUGGAUUUUAUGAAGUCAUUUGUGAUGGUUACAGUAUUAAGUCAUCAGUCUUUGAAGCAAGCAUGCCUUUUGUCAUUUCAUAUAUGUCUUAUAUUAAAAAUGUGCCUUUUAAUGGAGUUCAUCCUAAUAAACUGGAGUUACAUAUUUAUUGAA